AAUGUAACUGUCAGGAUCAGCCAAUCAGAGUGCAGCUUCUCUCAACAACACAUUUGUUGAUAAGGGUUAGCUGCGUAACAUGUUUUCAGUAUCGAUUGAGAUCGGUUAAAUAUCAUCUUGGUGUCAUCAGGGAUAGUUUGGAAUUUGCAAUCAUGUGUGAACAAAAGGCAAUGAUCAAGAACGCCGACAUGGGCGAGGAACUACAGCAGGACGCCGUGGACUGUGCCACGAUGGCCAUGGAGAAGUACAACAUCGAGAAGGACAUCGCCGCCUUCAUCAAGAAGGAGUUCGACAAGAAGUACAACCCCACCUGGCACUGCGUCGUCGGCCGCAACUUUGGCAGCUACGUCACCCACGAAACCAAGCACUUCAUCUACUUCUACUUAGGCCAGGUGGCUGUUCUGCUCUGGAAGUCUGGAUAACGUCUAACCCAUAGUAACAUACAUAGUUGUGAGUGGAGACAUGCAUGUGCCCAAAUGGCGGUUUCGGAAUCAAGUUGAACUGUCCUCUUGGUUGUCCACAGAAACAUUCAUCGCCUGUGUAGGCUGUCGAUCUGACAAGAACUGGGUGCUGUUGUCAUCACGAGCCAUAGGGCAAAAUUUCAAAAAAAACGUAUUUCCUCUAUUAGAAGCAGUCCUCUAUUAUUAACAUAAGACCCAUGAAAUUCCGGGGUAGACUAGGUCUUCAGCAACCAAUGCUUGCCGUACAAGUCGACUAUGCUUGUCGUAAGAGGCGAGUAACGGGGUCGGGUGAUCAGGCUCACUGACUUGGUAGGUCGAUGCUCAUGAAAUCAUUCACUGGAUUGUCUGGUCCACUAUUGAUUAUUUACAGAUCGCCGUCUUAUAGCUGGAGUAUUGUUGAGUGCAGCAUUAAACAACAAACAAAAGUAUUAACAUAAGGACCAGGGUAAGGUUUUGAAAUGAGAGAGGUUAAGGGCCGGGUCAGCUACUGCCAAUUGUUCCUCCCCAUUACAUCCGAGUAGUAUUACGUAUUAUAAAAUAAACAGAACAUCUAAUAAGAGCAUGUCUCUAAUAUGGGCAGUGUUAAAUUGAUGUGAAUUUAAUGAGAGUCUUGGCUUUUACAUCAUGAAAAACAGUAUGUCAAGUAAUUGAGCUGUUUUGAUUAAAAAUGCACGUAGUCGAAGUUGUUACCAUGGCUACGGCACUGUAGACGACUGCCAAGGGAGGACACCUCUAAGGUGAUGUAACCAUAGGAAAACCCCAGUUCAAUAUAUUUGGAUGAUUUAUUGUAAUUGGGCGGUGCGAUGGAACAUGGAAGCCUGACAAUUGAAUUCCCCUUUGAAUUCGGUAUAUUAUUAUUUAUGUAUUGUAUUCAAUGCAAUCAAAACUGUGUCUAUGAUAACAGGAACAGUGAUCUAUCGUGUUACAUUUUACAUUCUCCAGAUUAAUGAUUGUUUUAUUCCAUGUUUGUUUGAUGUAAUGGGUGUUUGUAUAUGUUUUAUAUGAACUACUAAACACUUGAUGCCUGUAAACGA